AAUAUACGUAAUUAACUUAACCGCGGUCGACCGGCCGAAGUCAUCGGGACUCGGGGAGAGACUUUACCGCCGCUGCCGCCACAACCGCUUCCCUCCCCGUCCGGUUUCAAAGCGGAUACUUCCACAAAGAUGACAUAGAAGUCUCCUCGGGGAUUACACCGGAUUUCGUCGGCCGCAGCGCCCGGUUGUGACUUCGCGUUAGUUCCCUCCCUCGCCGGUGUUCACGCCGUUCGUUACCCGGCUGCGGGCCACUAGCGUCGGUUACCGCUGCCAAACAUGGUGGCCUGUCGGCGAGAAGAACAACCGAGUUCGCUUUGGGGAUUUUAGAUUUGUUUUUUUUAAAGGACUUGGACGGCUCUCGCCGUGGAGCCCCCGCCGCCCCGGACACGUUACUGCUCCCCCCGUUUUAACCUUUGUUUUUGUCUCUCCGGGAGGUUAAUGGACUUCGACGCGAGGCUGGUUGUUCGCGUUGAGAACCGAGCAGCAGCGGGACCAGCACCGACCGAGGACCGUUGAACUUAGUUUGCUUCCAAAAACAAGUCCGAAGUUUUAUGCUCGAUUUGAGAUUAAAAAAAGAAAAAAAGUUCCAAUAACAUUCACUCACUAUUGUAGGGACAAGUUGCCUAGCAACACGGGUCGGCUUUUAUGACCGUUGUGUUCCUAUCACGUGCGACUAGAUUGACACACAAUUAACCGCUGCAACUAUCUGACCGGUUCCCACUUUGAGGUUUGAUUCCUUGUUUAAUCUGUGGAUUAUUAUGGAUUAUUUAAAUGGCCUAAUCCAAACCGCAUCAGACCGGGGAUUUGGGGAAUAGCUGCCGACGCUGCUGAUGAUGACCGAGAAAAGCGAUGGUUUCCCUUCGUUAUGAUUUUGAGUAGAGAGGAGUUAAUUACAUGGAGACUCGCCUGACAUGCCAAGGAAGGAGUUGCCACUACCUGAGGGUUGGGAGGAAGCCAGAGACUUUGAUGGCAAAGUCUACUACAUUGACCACAUCAACCAGUGCACGAGCUGGAUCGACCCGAGAGACAGGCACACGAAGCCUCUGACGUUCGCCGACUGCAUCGGGGACGAGCUGCCGGUCGGUUGGGAGGAGGCCUACGACCCGGCCGUCGGAGCGUACUAUGUCGACCACAACACCAAGAAGACCCAGCUGGAGGACCCGCGGGCCCAGUGGCAGCGGGAGCAGGAGUUCAUGCUGCGGGACUACCUGGCCGUGGCCCGCGACGCGCUCAGCGCCCAGAAGGAGAUCUACCAGGUGAAGGAGCAGAGGCUCCGCCUGGCGCAGCAGGAGUACCUGCAGCUCAACGACGCCUGGAGGGACAAGUCCACGUCCCAGACCAGCUUGAAUUCCAGAUCGUCGUCGUCCAGCAAGUACGACCCGGACAUCCUAAAAGCAGAAAUCUACACGGCCAAAAGUCGGGUGAACAAGCUGAAGCGCGACCUGGCCUGCAUGAAGCAGGAGCUGCAGUUCAAAGAACAAGGCUUUGAGACCCUCAAAGGGAUUGACCUGAAGGUGUCCAGCAGCCCUCAUGGCUUCAAGCUGCAGGAGGCGCAGACCAUCCUCAGCGAGGUCCGCACGAUCCGUGACGCCAUCAGCACCGGGGAGAAGGAGAAACAGGAACUCAUGCAGAAACUGGCGGUGCUGAAGGACAACUUCCAGCUGGACUCGGGCUCGCAGCAGGAGCUGUGGGGCAGCAGUCCGUCGCUCGCCAACUCCGAGCUGUCCAUGCCGCCGCUUUACUUUGACGCCGGCUCGCAGACCGACAUCCCCGCGGAGUUCAUGACGAGCACCAACAAACUGGCAGAGAAGGUUCGCGUGAGUCUGAAGUACGAGGAGGCCAAGAGAAGGAUCGCCACCAUCGAGGUUCAGAUCGCCAAGCUGGACAGCGAGGCGUGGCCGGGCCUGCUGGACCCGGAGCGAGACCGCCUCAUCCUCAUCAACGAGAAGGAGGAGCUGCUGAAGGAGCUGCAGUACGUCAGCCCCCGCCAGCGGCUGCAGCCUAACGACGCCGAGAGGCUGGACGCCGAGAAGAAGCGCCUGGAGAGAGACCUGCAGGCCGCCAGGGACAACCAGAGCAAGGCCCUGACCGAGAGACUUCUUCUCCACUGCAAGAGGAACAAGCUGGUCAGGGAGCUGGAGGAGAUGGUUCGACUGGCCUCAUCACUACAUACUCAACUCAAAAGCCUGUCGGCCAGCACUCUGUCCUGUUCCUCCGGCAGCAGUCGAGGCUCUCUGACCUCCAGCCGCGGCUCGCUGGCCACCACCUCCAGCCUGGGCUCCACCUCCUCCCUCAGCUUCACCGACAUCUACCUGGAGCAGCCGGAGCUGGCCGACCCGGACUUCCAGAACAAGCUGGACAGCCUCCUGCAGGAGGGCGCCCAGGGAGGCUACCGCCCCUCCAGCUCCAUCACCACCAUCCACGAACACGAAGUGGUGACGGGCUCCGGCGACAGGCCCGAGGGACAAGCCGGCGGGGCGGGCGGUGACGCGGCGUGCCCCGCCGGAGGAGGUGCAGCAGCAGGAGGUGGAGGAGGAGGUGGUGUCGGAGCGGAGUCGGGCUCGUCCAGGACGCAGGGGCUCAGGCUGUCGGAAACCCCCCGCUCCAUGAGCUCCUUAUCCCCCCGCUCGUCCCUCUCCUCGCUGUCUCCGCCGUGCUCGCCGCUCGUCACGGACGCCAGCUUCCUGUCCGGAGACACGUUCACGGACCCGACGGGGCCCGGCGGGCUGAGCCUGGACAUAGAGCUCCACAGCAGGCUGGCGGAGCUGGAGCUCAGCCUGGACGCUCAGGAGCAGCACGGGUGUCCCAGGACCCUGCAGGAGAAACAGGAUCACCACAGCGCACUCGGAGAGGAGGUCAAAGACUCUGCUCCCCAACUGCGAGGGACCGGGCCGAAGAAGAUGGGCGUGACCUCGGCUGUGUCUGACGAGUCGGUGGCUGGCGACAGCGGCGUGUACGAGCCUUCGGAGCGCAGGCCGGGCCUCCCUGCCGACCUCGUCCCGAGCUCCUUUGAGGAGAGGCCGCCCGUCUGCUGCUCUCAGGUGCAGCUCGGGUUCCGAUACGAGUCCAGAGACCAGCGCUUCACCCUCUACGUCAUGCAGCUCUCCAACUGCAGCGCCCUCUGUCUGCCGGCCGAGCGGAAAGUGUAUGUGCGUUCUGCCGUGCUGCCCUGCGUGGAAACCGGCCGCUGCCUCUUCCGAACACGCGGCUCUCUGCCUCAGGAUGUCGUGGAGGUCAACGAGGUGUUCAGCAUGCAGAUAUCCCACGGUGCAUUGCGGCAGAAGACGCUGAGGGUCGACGUCUGCAACACCAGCAAGUCGGGCCACGAAGGCUGUCUGGCGGGGGCCCAGAUCAGCCUGGCUGACGUCAGCUGCUCAGAGGAGAGAUGCACCAAGUGGUACAAUCUGCUGAGUCGGGCCCACGCGCGCGACACCACCAAGGACAAAGCGAGCAGGCCGGUGGGCGGCUCUGACGGGACUCGGGUUUCCGGCAGCGACAGAGUCGGAGGUCCAGAGGACCACGAGUGGCACGGCGACCCUCUGGACAUGUUUGAUGACGAGGACGGAAACGGCGUGGAGGAAGAGGACGGCUUUUAUCCUGACAGCAGCCAAUGGGAAGCGGAGGAGGAGGAAGAGGAGGAGGAAGAGGAGGAGGAGGAGGAGGAGGUGACCAAACCGCCAACAGCAGCAGCCAUCACAGAAAAGGUGAACAAGGAGACGAGCAUGGACAACUCCUUGCCGUCCUACCACUCGGUGGUUCGACCCAAGGACCGCCGGCCGGACGUCCACCAGCAGAACCCCUUCAUGAGGGGCAACACCAUCAUCCGCUCCAAGACCUUCUCGCCCGGACCUCAGAGCCAGUACAUCUGCCGGAUCAACCGCAGCGACAGCGACAGCUCCACCCUCUCCAAGAAGUCUCCGUUUGUCCGGAACGCGUCGGAGAGACGCAGCAUGCGCAUGAAGAAGCCUCCCAUGCGGGUCAAAGGCCUGGACGGCCUCCUGCGGACCUCCAUGGACCUGGAGAUGGACCUCCAGGUGUCCCGGACGCGGCAGACGCGUCUAUCGCAGGAGCUGCGGGUGCUGCGGGAGCUGAAGUCGCAGCUGGAGGAGGCGAGGCAGCAGGGCCAGAGGGAGCUGCCGCCCUGGGUCCAAGAAGACGAGCGCUUCCGCCUCCUGCUCAAGCAGGCCGAGAAACAGACUCGUGAGGAGCAGCUGCAGGAGAAGCGGGUGGAGAAGAUGAUGAGGGCAGCGGCCAAGGACGUCCACAAGAUCAGGGGCCGCAGCCGCAAAGAGGUCCCCGAGGUCCAGACCUUCAGAGAGAAGAUGGCCUUCUUCACACGAGCAAAGAGCAGCAUCCCCGACCUGCCGGCUGACGACGUGUAGAGAAGCAUUUCAAAGUAUUCCCCCUCCCCCCCUUCAGUCUGUACCUGCUGUUCCCCCUCACAUGAAGCACACGUUUGGCGGUGUUAUGAAGAAUUUUAGAAAAAGAAAACGUUUAGAAGAGAAAGCACUCGAAGGGCGUGAAGAAGCGCGUUUUUGGAAGCUGUGUUUCUGAUGGGGUUAGUCUUUGUUUGUAAAUUAGUGACAGCACUGCUUUCUGGAUUUUUCUUUUUUUAUUGUUAUUAUUAUUAUUAUUAUUAUUUCAGUCUCUCUUCCACUGUCUGUAGCAUUGUGUUUCUGUUACUAACAGGCUGUUUAUAGGCUCUUAGGUGUGUCAAAUCAUUCCAGCAACAAGUCACAAGGAUACACACAUACAGUUCGUUACUGAAGCGACACAUUUGGACAAACAAAUAUAUUUAUAUAUGCAUAUAUGUGUGCAUAUCACACAAAAUGACGGUACUGAAACAAAACAAGCAGCGUAGGAUGAUAAUAGCACAACAAAUAAAAUUAAGAGACUUUUACUGAUGUUGAGUGGAGCAGACCUGAAGAUUGUUUGAUGUGUACAAUAAUGACGGCACAGACAGUUCAUCAUCAUCAUCAUCAUCGGGCCUUCCUUCGGUUUUGUUGAUUGAGCUGAUGAUAAAGGUGAAGUGGUGAGAUUCAUCUCGCUUCAAAAGAAAAGUCAUUGUGAUUUUCUCACACACACACACACUGCACGCAAAGUGCAAGAAUGACGCUCUCUCACUAACACUCGGGUAGAUGAUCGGAUAGUCUGCACUUUAUGUAACUUGAGAUAAAAGUAAGAAAAGAAAAAAAAAAAAACCGUGAAAAAGACACUUGAUUUGGGUUUUUGGGAAAAUUCAAAAGAAAUCCCCAAAACCUUUGCCUGGAAUGCGCUGGAAUGAUGAUUGUCAAAGCACACAAAGAUUGUUGAAGCACACACACACACACACACACACACACACAGGAAGUGAAGAUCAAGCGUAUUUUUGAUGACUGUGAACUAAAAGCGGCGUUUUGAUGUCCGACUCGCCUCCCCCUCUGUUUGCGCUCCGUUUCGGACGCGUAUCUGAGAUACGUGUUCUCACGUCUCUUUGAUAGGAGCACGAUGCCCCAGCAAGACUGAAAAACACCGGCCGCGACUUCAUAUUGACUGCCUGCGCUGAAAAACUAAUUGCAGCAUUUUUCAACCCUUCACCCCCCCCCCCCGUGCCACAAUUAAUCACGAGUUAAAUAACAAACACUAAUAACUGAGAACCCUUUCCUGGUACACUGGCUGUAAAUCAGUAUUUCCCUGUGUCCGUGUGUUCGGAGCGACUGAAUCGUGCACCUCAGACGCCACAGUGCGUGAGUCCUAUUCAGCUCAGUGAAGAACUCCGGACCGCUGACGUUGUUUCCGCGGCAACCGGACUCUGGCACGUCGCCUGUUUACUGACUCUUUGUGUUGGUACCUGGAUGUAGAGCAGCUGUUGUACGUUUUGUCCGUGGUGUUUUGCUAUGAAAAUUUUAUUUUCAACAGUUCACUCGCGUUAAAGCAACUCUUCUUCUGUGAUUUACCUCGUGUUUCUAAUGAAGCUUUUUCCAAUCCUCCAUUAAUAUUGGUAAUGAUGUUUGUCUGCUAGGAAAUAGACCAGAAUGCGUUGCAGAAACAAGACAACAGGGACUGGAAACACGUUCUCAUUACUUUGCUUACUACCUCAUUUUUAUGGCCAGUUUCUGAGCCUUUUCUACAUAAAGUGUCGUGACCACAGUGCGGGGACACGAUGGACUACAAUAAACGACAACAAUGAGAAGCACGUUACAGCAAGAGAGACUAAAACUCACAAAUAUGAAAAACGCAACAAAAAGAAGACUGCAAACAAUUUGCCAGAAUGCAUUGUGGGAAAUGUAGUGACGAAAGGGAGCAAGAAGAAAGUUCAGAAGGUUGCAUCCUUUGGACACUCAAGAACUAAACAUUCUGUCUGACUUAGAAGAAAUAAAAGAAGACACUACCUGCGUAACCGUAAAGCUCAACAAAAAGCUGGAUUUUUACUUUUAAGUGCCAAAACCCAACAGUUUCUCAGCGUGCGGUCCUAAAGUGGACUCGUAGUCUCUCCCCAGGGACGCUUUGCGGCUGCUACAUUAUAAAUAAUUAACCGGACGAUGGUCAUACGUGCCGAUGUCGUCAUCUCUUGCUGGGUCAUCAUGCUAUUUCCUGCCUUUUGGGUCCUUUAGGUGCUUUGGAGAAAAGUGACACAAACCCUUCUCGUAAUCAUGUCUCCAUUUCCCAACGAGAAACCAGCUGCUGCCGUCCUUCCAGAUGUUUCCGCUUCACCAGAAGAAAACACUAAUUGUUUUAGUUCCACAGGAAAGGUAGUCACAACACCGUGGAAGUCGGGAAUAUAUAUUGCACAAACACGUUUAUGAGAAUAAUUAAUACCACUUAAAUAGUCCAAAAUCACCAGAGCUGCUCGCUCCUCAUGUGGAGCUGGACGGAAGCUCAAUCCGAUGCCGUGAGGACGUUUGAUCCGUCUGAGCAGUUUUUAAGCUAAACACUGUACAAACGAUCAAUACCAAAGAUUUAACCGAAACUCACACCCUGGAAUGUAGCCGUUAGUGUUCCAAACAAUACUUUACCUGGGGUAAAAACUAUUACAUCUCAACAUCUGGAUCCGGUCCCCCCCCUCCAAGUAGAGCGGGCCGGUGGGGUUGAACUAUAACAGGACAAUUUGACGUCAAUCAGAGCCUUAUGCUGUUGUUUUCUUUCUUCUUUUUUUGGUGUCUAUUGUCCAAACACGGCCGCCACUACGUGACCUGAAUGAAGCUGGAAGCAAAGAGUGUUUGCAUCGUUUUUUUCCCCAAAUGGCAAAGCGUUUGUCUGUUGUGUUCCCCGACUGUAGAGCGAGUAGUUUUAAGGAAUAGGAAUGUCUGCGAAUCCAGUUGAACUCUUGUCCUGAUCGACCGAAUGUUGUUUAACGUCUAAAUCGGAAAAACUAAAAAAAGGACACGUUUAUACAUAGCAACAUCUGGAUGAAGAAAUCUACAAGAAAUCACGAUCAUUCAGAGAAAAACAAAUGCUGUUAGUCACAAAUAAUUAUUUUUUCAUCGUGUAGGUUGUGAUAUUAUUCCUGUUUGUUUUUUGAAGUUCAAGUGCAUUUUUUUCUCCGCCUUCUGUUGUGUGAUUUUUGUUUUAUCCCGAAUUAAUCUGUUUGUAUUACGACUGUUGAUGAUCCCGGUAACGUGUAUGGAGGCGGCUAUGAGAAACAUGCAGCAUGUAUUUAUUGCACUUUGUGAUUUGGGUGUGCUUUUCCUGUUUUUCUUUGUUUCGCAAGAGUCCUGAAAAGCUGUGAAUUUUAUUCUCAGACACUGUACUACCGACCAGAUAUGUAAAUAUUUCACCAGCACAAAAAACAACAACCAAACAAAAUGUUUUGUAGUUUCACAACAAAUAAAAAAAGUUCUUCUCUUCUA